UGGCCAGGCUGUCUCCAACUCCUGACCUUAAGCGAUCCGCCAGCCUCGGCCUCCUAAAGUGCUGGGAUUACAGGCGUGAACCUCUUCAGCCAGCCUCCCGGCUUAUUUUUGUAUUUUCUGUAGACACGAGGCUUUGCCCUGUUGCCCACGCUGGUCUCCAACUCCUGAGCUCAAGUGAUCCUCAUGCCUCAGCCUCCCAACGUGCUGGGACUACAGGCAUGAGCCACUGUACCCAGCCUAUUGUUUUUUACUAAAGGAGACUUACUAGAAAACUGACAAAAUCCAGGCAGGGCGUGGUGGUUUACGCCUGUAAUCCCAGCACUUUGGGAGGCCAGGGUGGGUGGAUCACCUGAGGUCAGGAGUUUGAGACCAACCUGACCAACAUGGUGAAACCCUGUCUCUACUAAAAAUACAAAAAUUAGCCGGGUUUGGUGGUGCACGCCUGUAAUCCCAGCUGCUCGGGAGGCUGAGGUAGGAGAAUCACCUGAACCUGGGAGGCAGAGGUUGCAGUGAGCUGAGAUCGUGCCAUUGCACUCCAGCCUGGGCAACAAGAGCGAAACUCGGUCUUGGAAAACAAAAAAACCUGACAAAAUCUCAAAGAUAAUUAUAACCCUUAGGGGUCCCAGAUUUCUCUUCCUCAGGAAAUGGCAAGGGGGUGCAGGAGAGGGGCCAUCCGCUUUGGCUGGCUUAGUUUCCUGGAGAAACCCUAAAUGCCACCAUUUUUUGGCCCUUGGCCUGGAAAUUUCCCUAUCUGCACCCCCUGCGCUGUAGCUUAGGCUAUUCAGCAGAGAUCUGCAGGCUCCAGCAGGCGUCGGACUUACAGAGGCAAAUGUGACCAUGUAAAUUCCCAGGCCCACCCGUGACAGAGAGCCUCUGAUUCAGCAGGCCUCCUUUGAGGCUGGGGAUUUUAAACCCGCGUCCCGUGAUUGGGAUGGGGAUUGAGGGCUAUAUUCAGCGCCUGGCCACCAGAGGGCGCAGCGGGCUGGGUUCAGCGGUACCCCUUUGAGAUCUUGUGUCUCAAGACAGGUUGCUGUCAUCAAGGAUUUGCUGGUUAGACAACAGGCAAGGGGUGAGCUGGGUCCUCUUGGGCAGGAGCCUAGUAGGAAGACCGACAACAGGAAAGAGGCUCACAUCUGAUACUGGGCACAUGGCUGGGCCUUGGUCCUCGUUCUCCUGGACUUCAGAGCUCAGGGGCCAGGGCCUGGCCUAGCCUGGAAUCUGGAUGGACCUCUUCUGUCCUGGGGCGCGCCGUUUACCCAAUCCUGACCUCAGAGAGCGUCUGUCGUUCUGGUGGGAAAACCGAGACCCAGACAGGAACAAGGGCUCAGUGGCAACCGCUCUGCCUCCCAGCCCAGGGCUCUGUCUUGCCGGGGCUGGGGCACAGGGUGGACCCCAGGAAGUUCUGCUGUGAGUCAGCUUCGAGUGCUCAGGGGACGGGACAGAGGCUGCUGGCCGGGGAAGGAUGCCGGCCAGCGGUACCUACUUCCGCAGCUGGAGCGGGCGGCGGCGGUGGAGGCAGAGGCGGAGGCGGAGCCAAGAGCGCACCGCCGCGCCCGCCGUGCCGGGCCUGAGCUGGAGCCGGGCGUGAGUCGCAGCAGGAGCCGCAGCCGGAGUCACAGCCGCAGCCAGAGCCGCAGCCAAAGCCUCAGAGAGCAGGAGUUGGAGCGCAGGCCCUGCUGGAUCCGCGCCUAGCUCGCCGCCAGGCACCGGCCGGAGCACGGGCCGUGGUGUCAGCUCACUGCCCGGGCGCUGUGGGAGGCAGCUAGCCCGCGACCCCCCGGGCCGGGCACCGCCAGGCGCGGAGCCCAGAUCGCCCCCCUGCCAGGCCUGGUCACGGCCAGAGCACGCAGGAGUUCCCAGGGUCUGGAUCUGCGCGCACCUUAAUGACCUGGGGACUGAAGAGAAAAAAGGAACGAGGAUUUCAUCUAAAAGCAUAACGUGGCCACUAGGCGAGGAGGAAAGUGGAGACCACCUGGCACGGGGCAGAGGUGCCUGGAGCCCACGCUUGAGCAUCGGAGACCCUGGCAUCCUAGCAGCCGCGACCUUGGCUCUGCCCUGUCUGAGCUGGAAACACAGCUUAGCUUCUAGACAUCGCUGGCACAGGCCUGGCACAAGUAAGCAGUGUUCUCACCUGUCUGAAACGGGACACGGGGUCGGAGGAACCAGGAUCUAGCCUGGCCCCAAGCGGAACUCUCUGGUGGCCCAGAGGUCGUCACUGGGGAGCCCGCCUCCUGCCCUAGCCUCACUGGUGCGGAUGUGCCGCUGCCCGCCGGAGCACCAUGAUGGCAGGAUGACCUCAGCCGAAGUAGCAGCAGCAGCUGGUGGUGCUCAGGCGGCUGGGCCCCCCGAGUGGCCCCCUGGCAGCCCUCAGGCUCUCCGGCAGCCUGGCCGGGCCCGAGUGGCCAUGGCAGCACUGGUGUGGCUGCUGGCGGGAGCCAGCAUGUCAAGCCUCAACAAGUGGAUCUUCACAGUGCACGGCUUUGGGCGGCCCCUGCUGCUGUCGGCCCUGCACAUGCUGGUGGCAGCCCUGGCAUGCCACCGGGGGGCACGGCGCCCCAUGCCAGGCGGCACUCGCUGCCGAGUCCUACUGCUCAGUCUCACCUUCGGCACUUCCAUGGCCUGCGGCAACGUGGGCCUAAGGGCUGUGCCCCUGGACCUGGCACAACUGGUUACCACCACCACACCUCUGUUCACCCUGGCCCUGUCGGCACUGCUGCUGGGCCGCCGCCACCACCCGCUUCAGUUGGCCGCCAUGGGUCCGCUCUGCCUGGGGGCCGCCUGCAGCCUGGCUGGAGAGUUCCGGACACCCCCUACCGGCUGUGGCUUCCUGCUCGCAGCCACCUGCCUCCGCGGACUCAAGUCGGUUCAGCAAAGUGCCCUGCUGCAGGAGGAGAGGCUGGACGCGGUGACCCUGCUCUACGCCACCUCGCUGCCCAGCUUCUGCCUGCUGGCGGGUGCAGCCCUGGUGCUGGAGGCUGGCGUCGCCCCACCGCCCACUGCUGGCGACUCUCGCCUCUGGGCCUGCAUCCUGCUCAGCUGCCUCCUGUCUGUUCUCUAUAACCUGGCCAGCUUCUCCCUGCUGGCCCUCACCUCUGCCCUCACCGUCCACGUCCUGGGCAACCUCACUGUGGUGGGCAACCUCAUCCUGUCCCGGCUGUUGUUUGGCAGCCGCCUCAGUGCCCUCAGCUACGUGGGCAUCGCACUUACUCUUUCAGGAAUGUUCCUUUACCACAACUGCGAGUUCGUGGCCUCCUGGGCUGCCCGUCAGGGGCUGUGGCGGAGGGACCAGCCCAGCAAGGGUCUUUGAGACCUGGGGGAUCUCAGGAGCCACCUGGGAUGGCCCUGGCCUGAAUCCAGCCUCCGCUGUGGCCAUAGAAGGAAUGGAGAACAGGGCUGGGCAUGGUGGCUCACGCCUAUAAUCCCAGCACUUCCAGAGUCCGAGGUGGGUGGAUCACCUGAGGCCAGGAGUUCGAGACCAGCCUGGCUAACAUGGCAAAACCUCAUCUCUACUAAAAAUAGAAAAAUUAGCUGGGCAUGGUGGCGUGUGCCUAUAGUCCCAGCUACAUGGGAGGCUAAGGUGGGAGGAUCACUUGAGCCCUGGAGAUUGAGGCUGCAGUAAGCCAAGAUCGCAUGCUACUGCACUCCAGCCUGGGAGACAGAGCGAGACGCUGUCUCAAUUAAAAAAAAAAAAAGUGGAGAACUGGCAGUGACCUCUACUGGGGGCCAUGGCAGGGAGGGGAGCCUUCUGGAAGGGCUGCCUUGGAGAUUGGAACGGGGACUCCCAGGGAGACCUGCGUUCCAUCCCUGCCUGCCUCACCCCUGCCGCAGACUCUGCUCACCACUGGAUGGUGGGUCCAAGCCUGGCACAGUCCCUGUGCUUGUCAGAGUCAUUAUUAUGAUUCAUAUCAAUUACGAUGCCAAAAAUUGCUGGGCAAACUUUGAAGACCUCAACUUGUUACAAUGACGAUGAUGAUGAUUCUUGGCGGUUACACAAUCCUUCCUCCUGGCGGGGAGGCAGCUAGGAGGCCCAGCAGGGGGGCUUCUGUGCUGCUGGGCUCCCCUAGGGAGUUGGGGUAGUCUGUGCCAACUCCAGGCAGCUGCUGUGGCCUCACCCCUGGGCCCCCCAGUUUUGGGUCAUCCAUCCUCAAAUACACUAUUUUUGCUUGUA